UUGAUUAUUAAAAGUACAGUCCUUUUGUUCUCUUGGAGACCUUUAUUGACAUGUACAUGUAAAUCGUAAAAUACAUGUAUGCAUAUUAUAAAUUAUGCAGUAUGGCUGAAUUUUAGCAUUAGAAAGCAUGUUUCAUGAUGACCACAUUUUAUUACCUGCGUGUUCUGGUUUCUGCAGCAGUCUCAGAAAGUAUUUUACUGUUGAGAUCUUGGUUGCCGCAUACAUGUUACCAUACUGUGAACUAUAUUCCUACGUACUGGUACAUUUUAUUUGUACAUGUACCAGUGUACAUUUAGAUGUUAAUCCUGAAAUCCUAUUUCUUGUUUUGAUCAGUUGUAUACUUACUUCAAACAAGUUGCUUGGGAAGAUUUACAAUUGUAUGCUGAAAAAAGAAGGAAGAGGAACUAAACCUUUUUGUUUACAAAGGGUAUAAUGCUAAUUGCUCACUGAAACAAAUUCAAACUUGAUCUCGAGGAACUUACAAUGAGCAUGUACAUGUACUUGUGUACAAGGAAGUGGAUGUUCAAAGCUUUAUUGCAUCACCUACACCUAACCAGCAUAUUGUAUGUGCAGUACAUACAUUCUAAUUGAUUGUUGUGAUUUUCCAUUUCAACUGAGUUGUACCCGUGAGACAGAUCAUUCUCAAGUCAAAGCCAUGGAUACUGAGAGUGAACCACUGGUCCCUACCACGAAUAACCCAGCUGAGCCAAUGGUGAAAGGGUCUACCUCAAGUGUUUCUGGGAGUCAGAGUGUGGAUCAACUCCUUCACAUUCCAGCUACUGCCAGCAAUCACAAGAAGAAUCUGAUUGUUCUCAGCCUGGCCUUCCUGUUCAACUUCACCGCUUACAGCGCGCUGCAGAAUCUGCAGAGUAGCCUGCAUGCAACAGCCGGGGUAGCCUCCCUGGCGGUCAUCUAUGGUGGGAUCAUCAUCUCCAGUCUCUUUGCGCCUGCCCUCAUCCGAGCCAUCGGCACAAAAUGGGCCAUCGCAGUGUGCAUCUUCUGUUAUACCCUCUUUACCAUCGCCAAUUACUACCCGAGAGAGUACACUCUGAUCCCAGCUGGCCUGAUACUAGGACUGGCUGGUGCACCGCUGUGGAUAUCUCAAGGAACCUAUCUCACAACCACAGCCAUAAGCUACGCUGACAUUAAGAACAAAGUUCCAGAGAAUGUCAUCAAUCAGUUUAAUGGCAUCUUUUUCUUCUUUUUCCAAGGGAGCCAAAUCACUGGUAAUCUUGUUGCUUCAUUGGUCCUCUACCCAAGUAGCAAUAUGAGUACCUUCAAUAAUGUCAGUCUGUGUGGCAAACACUCCUGUGGAUUUAGCAAUGAGUCAGAUGAUGAAUACAAUGGUUCACACAUUGUACAUGGAACUAUUGUAACUCUGAUAUCGGUGUACCUGGCCUGUGGGCUCUUAAGCUGUCUCCUUGUUGGCCUGUUUCUCAGCAAGCUACAUGCUGCCAAUGCUGGCAUCAUCCAGAGUCUUCAGAGCAAUAUUUUGGCUACUCUCCGUCUGCUAUUGAAUCCUUACAUACUCAUGCUUCUGCCAUUGUUUAUUUACAGUGGCAUGGAACAAGCAUUUGUCUUUGGUGAUUUUACCAAGGCUUUCAUCACUUGCACCAAUGGCAUUCACUAUGUUGGAUUUGUCAUGAUGGUCUUUGGUAUCAGUGAUGCCAUCUGUUCUUUCCUCCUUGGUCGUCUGGAGAAGUACUCCGGUCGUAUCACCAUCUUCACCGCUGGUGGAUUAACCCACAUGACCAUCAUUCUAAUGCUGAUGUUUGUCUGGACUCCCGAGAGCAACGGACCUCAGUUGUGGGAUCGGUUUGUCCUUGCAGCAUUUUGGGGAUUUGGUGAUGCUGUAUGGCAGACACAGAUAUCAUCUAUUUUGGGUGUCAUCUUCCCCGAGAAUCAAGAGCCAGCAUUUUCCAACUUCCGUCUCUUCCAAGCUGUGGGUUUCUGUAUCUACUUUGGGCUUUCCACUGCUGCCAUAAUCUGUGUCUCCCACAAGCUUAUCACCAUUGCAGCUGUUCUUUUCAUAGGACUUCUGUUGUAUUACACAGUAGAAUGGAAGAUACGUCAAGCCAUAUUAUACUAGGCAACACCCCUGGCAUUAGGAUGCACAUCACUGCUUUUUGACAAUUGGUCAUUUUGAGUCCUGGAUGUGGUUACAUUGGUUAGUUAAGGGUUGAGGGAAAUUGAAGCCUUUAAAGGGUCAUGAAAUCCCCCCGAAAAAAUGUAAAAGAAGGCUUUUUUUGUGUCAUUGGAGCCAGUUAAAUUGUUACAUUAGAGGAGCUCUGUAUUAAAACUUCAAUAAUUAGGUCACCAAAUAGGCCAUCAAUUUGUGUGAUCUUGUGACAUCCUGUGUACAUGUAACCAUGACGAAACUCACUGUUGCUGUUUGGUCAGGGUUCACAAAAUGUUCAUGCCAUUUUCCCCAUGUAAAACCUUUCCAGUGGGUAUAGUGUAUUUACACAUUUAGAAACCACAAAUCGCUAGAAGUGAUGGUGGUACGCUUGCUUGACAGAACUUAUCACAUGGAUGCAAGCUGUAACAAGAAAUUUGAGUGACUGGAAAUAUAAAAAUGAGAGCAUAUUGCCAAAGGUAAGUGCUUUGUCACAAGUGCAAAUAUGUGUCAUGCUUAUGGCAUACUGUUUAUUCUGACCAAAAGCAUUUGCAGAAAGGAAAGUAAGUUUGUACUUCACUGCUGCAUACAUAUACAUGUAUGUGUAGCUAUUACUGGGAUAUGGGUGUUUGACAAACUAACAAAACAAAUAUUCACCAAUGUUAUAUAGCGCAUGGCUUUUGUUAAUGCUUUAGGGCAAACUGUACAUAUAUAUAGUCAUUCUAGUGUUUCACAAUCUCAUGCUUUAUAAAGGCUUUUGUUUUAUGAUGCUGUAUGAAUUGUCUGAAGUUGUGACAAGCUUCUAGCCUGUUGAUUCCCAGUUGAGAAAAAACAUUGAAGUCUUAUUUUUGCACAUGAGAGACAAUAUGAGAACAAUAUACAUGUAUAAAAGCCACAAUUAGGUAAGGACGUCUCUCCACAAGUAGCAUAUUUGAAUUGCUUCCCCUGCACUCACUUGUGCAAGUGUGACUAAAUUCAGGUUGGCACUUAUGUGACAUCUCGAGUUUACUCACAGACCUGGCCCAAUUGACAAACCCCUCAUGUAUUGAAGAUAGUUACUUGAAGUAUCCCACAGUUCAAUGGGAAAGCAUGGUGGCUAAGUCAAUUCUGCAAAGGACAGUUGACUAAGUUGUAAUUCAGGAUAAAAGUUGAAUGUAGUGACAAAUCGGUCCAAGUCAACUAAGUUCUGUGAAAGAAAGGCAAGAAAUAUAUUUGAUGUCAGUUACUUUCUGUCACUGAGAUUAAUUUUACAAAUAACCGAUGUAGUGUAUGACUGCUUGACCUUGUCAGGACACUUUAGGUAAUCUGAAAUUGUUUAUUUAUUAUUGCAUAUUGUGCAUGUUCACCUAUGACAACACUACAGGUAUGUAAAUAGCCUAUGUGAGGCAAGACAGACACAAUAGAUGGGUACUAUUUGGUUUGAGUGAAAUCAUUUGUGUUUACUCCAUAUUUUCCUGAACCAAAUGGCACCCUUCUGUGUCUGCAUACUCCAAAAAGCUAACUGAACACAUCAUGAACAAGUAUGCCCCCAUCCUACUGGAGACAACACACAGAGAAUGGGAGCAAUCAAACACCAAUAUGCUACAGCUAUGGAAAGGCAUUACUUGUACCUGUACAUACUCCAUGCAACAUGUUAAUGAACAUCUGCAUGUUUGUGGUGUGUCACUAGUUUUGCCCAGGAUCCACUUCAAGUUGGACAAGAGAGGGCUUUGUUUUUAAAUGGCAACUAUCUCCUUUAGUUGGAACUCAGCACAUGCGCGUACAAGCUCCUAUGCGUUUGGUGCUGGGCAAGUGUGACCAGUAUGUGAAUGUACAGUGUUCUCUUGCCCGUGGAAGAGCUUUCCACUAACCUGUCUCUUACUUGCCUGUGAGGGUGCAUUUCAGUUCAAGGAGCAUAGUAGAAACAUGGGAUUACAUGUACAGUUCAUGCACAUGAUGGAAGUCCAGCUUAAGUUCCAUACAUGUACAUGUAGCUAUGUUGACUGAAUACCUUUGAUGCAUUGGAACUUACAUUGUGUUUGGACCUAUACCAACCAAUUACACUUGGACCACACUUGGACUCCUGUCACAGGUUGUCAUCAGAAUUUUUCGUCUUUGUUCAUGCUGGGAUUUUUCACCAUAUCUGUUCUCAAAAUACUUAGAUUUUUACCAUUUUUAAAAGCCUAUGUUGAUUGAAGCUGAUAUGUACAUGUAGGGUAGAUUCUAUUUUAUCCGAGUGUGCUUGGUACAUGUACUGUGCAUGUAGGUUUGGGAAAAGAUUCACUUAGAGCUUUGUAUAGAAUCAUAUUGAUGAAAAUGGAUGGAUCAGAUUAACUUUUUAAACAAAAGUUUUUUGUAACAACCUAGUCUGUGAAUUAAUGCAGUUGGAUGUGAAAACUACACUAUCAUACUUAAGUGUAUACAAGCAAUGAAUGAAUUUUUUCAUGUUAAUAUCAUAUUUUUUUAUCUGUAUCUAUAUUUGAGGAUGUGUGCUCUUUUCAGUAUCUCAUUCAUCAAUUUUUGUACACAGAAUAACUUAUUUUUCCAAAACAUUUAACUAAGUGGAUGCAGUUGUUUUUACAUGGUAGUUUAUUCUACCAUACUACAUUGAAGACAGAAUUGAUACAUAUAUAUGUAGAUUUUUGAGUGUGAAUUUUGUAAAGCCAAUAAAAGAGAAGUUAAAGCUUUUUAGGUAAAAGCAGGCUUGUUAACACAGUUAAAAUCUAAUAUGUUUUAGGGAUUAUUAAAAAGUAGUUAUGGAUUAAGAAUUGCACUUUCAUGUUCUUUGCAUUAACAGUACAACAAAUAUGAUCAAAUUGCUGAUUUUUUUUCCUCUAUAUAAACAUUCAAAUUGGAGGUGGUUUAAAUCACAUGGUCUGGGCUAACCUCAACCAAUCUCAAGCCAAGUUUGUCAUAGUUGUCAAUUUUGUUAACGUUUUAAGUUUCACCUGUGAAAUAUUUGGUAGCUUGGAGUGCUAUCUUUUGAUUUUUCACUUGUAUUAUUGGCAAUUAUUGGUCAUGACAUUCUUUAAGUACACAGGGUUCCAAUAAUUGUUUGAAUUUGAGAGAUGAUUGAUGUACUGAUCUUCCUUGCAUGAAACAGAGUAAAGGCAGUGUAAGAAGUACGUGUAAUUUGGGACUCAAACUAUCUGAUUUAAAAUACUUUCACAUAUAUACUGGUACAUAAAUUGGAUGAAUUCAGUUCUUUUCAGAAUAUAAAAUUUAUCUUGCAGCUGAUAAAUAAUUCCUUCCAGUCCUUGGCCUGAACAGUUACAUGUAUAUCAAGGAAUUUUUGUUGGAAAACAAUUAAAUCAUUUAAAGGCAGAUAAGUUUUCAGCAAGGUAAACACUAACAGAAAUCACUAUGGAACAAUGAGGCUUAACCAUCAGCGGCAGAAGGGGGGGGGGAACCCCGGCCAUUAGAUUGAAAAGAAUAUAAUUAUGAAGUUACAGUGUACCUCCAAAUGGCUUGUAGGCCUAUAAAGUUGGGGGGGAGGGAAUAACUACCUUUUGAAAGGUGCUGGUAGGGCAACCCUCCCCCCCAUUCCACCUCUGGUGGGCUUCACAUUCAUAAAGAAUAAGUUUAACCCUUUUCCAGUAGACUGAUACUUUAUCCUGUUAUACACUCAAGCAUAAUCCUUAAUGUUUGCAAUGCAUAGUAGUACUGAUUACAUGUACAAUGUACGCAGUCAUUUUUAGGACCUAUUUUGGUAAAAGAGCUCGUGUAAUGAGGUCAUUUUAAAGUAUGCUUUUUGGAUUGUUGUUUUCAUGGAUCCAGUGCCAUAUUUAUUUGUUUAUGACCACAGUGGUGUUAUUACAUGCAUGUUAGUCAAAGUGUCAGUCCGCAGUUGCUUAAAAAUCCAUACAUUUCCUUUUUUUAAUGUUUGUGAUCAGGUCUGUGAUGUUUGGCACUAGUUUGUCGUGUUUGUUGAUUUAGUUCAGGAAAGCAAACAUGAUGUGCAAAUGUUUUGAAUGAGCAGCAUUUGAGAUUCAGUGAAUCUCAAAUCAGUUGUAAACAACUGAAACAUGUAGCUUGAUACUAGUUAAUCCAAUUAAGGGCCAAGAGCCACAGAAUCCAACCCCUUAACAUUUUCUCCAAUAUUGUCAUAGUGCUUUUUUUCCUAAUGCGUGGAGCCUUGAAGAAUUAUUUUCAGUAACAUCUUGUGAUCAUUUUCACACCAAUUUUGUGAAAAGUGAGUGUCUUGAUAUACAUGCAAAGUUUCUAAAUGAUUGGGCAGGUGACAGCUGAGAUCUUAGGGUGGAAUCCCAUUGAGAUUUCCAAACUAAUCCAGCACUUUGAAGGUUAACAACCUUAACAAGACAUUAUACACUGAAAUUUUAGUCUUUGAAAUAAAUUAUAAUUAAUGUACUCUACAUUCAUGCCCAAUUUCUACACACAUUUUACAUAGGAAACAAAUUGGUAAAUCUUUGCACACCUAAUCGAUGGUAAUCUUGUUUUACAAAAUUCUUGGUUUCUGGCCCAGGUUCUGUAUUGCUGUUUUGAAGUGGUAGUCUUCUGUUGUAUAAGUACUUAUUUUUUUCCAGACACUGUCAUGAUUAUUCUGUUUGGAUUAGAAGUGAUGGCUCUAUCCCAUUCAGAGACACUCUCUCUUAUAGAUUGAUUUUACAAAUAAACUUUGGGUGCUUUGGAAAAACA